AUGCUAAAAGUCCUAAUCCCAACACUUAUGCUAAUCCCAACAGCCUGGUUACUCAAACCCAACUGACUCUGACCCAUGACUUUAAUGUAUAGCUUUUGCAUCUCCUUGGUCAGCCUUUCGUGACUAAAAAACCUCUCAGAAACCGGCUGAUCGUCACUUAGCCUCUUUAUAGCUACCGACUCCCUAUCGACCCCCCUCCUCGUUCUUACAUGCUGAUUACUCCCACUAAUAAUUUUGGCAAGCCAGAAACACACAGCCUUAGAACCUCUUAGUCGCCAGCGCAUGUACAUCACACUUCUCGCCUCACUCCAGUUCUUCCUAAUCCUAGCAUUUAGCGCCACCGAACUGGUAAUGUUUUACGUAAUAUUUGAAGCCACCCUUAUCCCCACGCUAAUCAUUAUCACCCGCUGAGGAAACCAAACAGAACGUCUAAACGCAGGAACCUACUUUCUCUUCUAUACAUUAGCGGGCUCACUCCCCCUUCUCGUUGCUUUACUCCUACUCCAAAACACAUCCGGCACCCUAUCGUUGUUAACCCUUCACUAUACGGACCCGCUCGCUCUCUCGUCUUAUGCAGACAAACUAUGAUGAGCAGGCUGUCUUUUAGCAUUCCUGGUUAAAAUACCCCUCUACGGGGUCCACCUAUGGCUCCCUAAAGCCCAUGUUGAAGCUCCAAUUGCAGGCUCAAUAAUCCUUGCAGCAGUUCUACUGAAGCUAGGGGGAUACGGCAUGAUCCGCAUGAUAACGAUAUUGGAACCUCUAACUAAGGAAUUAAGCUACCCCUUCAUUGUCUUUGCACUUUGAGGGGUAAUUAUAACUGGCUCAAUUUGUCUACGCCAGACAGACCUUAAGUCCUUAAUUGCCUACUCAUCAGUCAGCCACAUGGGCCUAGUGGCUGGGGGAAUUCUUAUUCAAUCACCCUGAGGCUUAACAGGAGCCCUCACCCUCAUAAUUGCACACGGUCUUACUUCAUCAGCCCUCUUCUGCUUGGCAAACACAAACUAUGAACGAACCCACAGUCGAACAAUGGUCCUGGCGCGAGGACUUCAAGUAGCCCUACCACUAAUAGCCACUUGGUGGUUUAUUUCUAGCUUGGCCAACCUAGCUCUGCCACCACUACCCAACCUCAUGGGGGAGCUGAUAAUUAUCACUUCUUUAUUCAACUGGUCCUGGUGAACUCUGGCAUUAACCGGUGCAGGCACUCUAAUCACAGCUGGUUACUCCCUUUACAUAUUCUUAAUAACUCAACGGGGCCCUAUCCCAACACAUGUCAUUGCACUUGAACCAUCUCACACCCGAGAACACCUUCUUAUUGCACUUCACCUUAUCCCCUUAAUUCUGCUCGUACUUAAGCCCGAGCUGAUCUGAGGCUGAACUGCCU